AUGCAGAUGCAGGGCAUCCAGGGCGUUUCUGAGGUCUUUCUUCAGCAAACCACAUUCUCCAUAACCCACCAUACAUCAUGGUUUCUUCACUUCAUUGCAUUUCUAGAGGCUCGCCAAUUCCGCAUAACGGACCCCUUCUUUGGCUACUGUGCCGCUGUUGUGGCGACCAUUCAGGUGCAGCAAAGCUUUUGGGAGGAAGGUAGAUUGGGUCAGAAGAAGAGAGACAACUACAAUCGAUGUUUGAAGUUCAUUCAGAAAAUUGGUCAGGAAUGGGAGCUUAUGAAUCGAAUGAUAAGCUCCAAACCCCUGGCUGAACUUGCGUCCAGUUCACACGAGUCCAACAUGACUGGAAAUGGCGUUGAUGGCAACCUCAACAUCAAUGUGUCGGGCUUCCUUGACAUCCUCGACAUGUCUCGCUCAUCGAGAUUAUCAGGAGGAUCGUUCCAUGCUGACUCUAUUUUUGGCCCCAGCCUUUGUAGCAACCCAUCUUCUGACUUUGUCAAUUCCACCGGCUUAGUUCGUCUGCCGCCCAUUACCGCUAUGGACGUCGCUACGCCAUGGAAUAACAUCACCAGUGAUAACAAUCUACAAAGCCCCCCUAACCCGGGUCCAUACUUUGCUAAUGAAAUGACGGAUGAGACGACAAUGAUGCCAGCCGUCGAUUUCUUUGGUGCUAGUCAAUUCCAAAUGAUCAAUACGGACUGGCUGGGGAACACAUGA